AUGGCGACGAUGGGAGUAGAGGCCGAAGAUGGUGGGGGCUUGGGAGCAAUGGAUGGAUUGCCAAGCUCUGUCUCGCGGUCGAAGAAGAAGAAGAAGACGGUUCCAAGAUUAGAAAGAGCAAGAGCUUGCGCGCUCAUUGUCCACCACUCCCGCGUUCCAACUAACAAAAUAUCUCGAAAUAUUCAGAUCACGCGCCUCGCGUGGACCCCGGCCGGAUUCCCGCAGGAGGAGGAGCAGGAGGGGAUAGGGAGGGAGGACCGGUUCCCGCUCUGGGAGGCCGCGCUCGGCGCCGGGGUCGCCGCGGGCCUCGUCGGGGUCUACCUCUCCAUGCCGGAUUCCGACUACAGCUUCCCCAAGUUGCCCCGCAACCUCCACCAACUACAAAUCCUCACUGGCCAUCUUGAGAACUAUACCAGUGACUACACCGUACAGGUGUUGAUAGGUUAUUGUGUUGUGUACGUUUUCAUGCAGACCUUCAUGAUCCCAGGAAAGAUAUUCAUGUCAUUGCUUGUUGGUGCCCUAUUCGAGCAAGUCCGGGGCGUGGCUUUGGUUGUCUUUGCUACCUCCGCUGGUGCUUCUUCAUGCUAUUUCCUGUCGAAACUGAUUGGAAAACCGCUGGUGUUCGUGCUGUGGCCAGACAAACUCACGUUUUUCCAGAAGCAGGUUGCCAAAAGAAGAGAAAAGCUGUUGAAUUACAUGCUUUUCCUGAGGGUCACCCCAACAUUGCCAAAUACCUUCAUCAACUUAGCAUCUCCCAUUAUUGAUGUGCCCUUCCAUACCUUCUUAUUGGCAACUCUUAUCGGUCUCAUCCCAGCAGCCUACGUCACCGUGAGGGCUGGGAUUGCUCUGGGAGAGCUAACAUCGCUCAGCGACCUGUACGACACCCAGUCAGUAGCUCUGUUGUUCUUCAUCGGCGCCUUCAUAUCACUUGAACAUCCAUCCGUCAUGAGAAGAUUUCUUAUCGUGCAAUUAAGGAUAUGGCUUGUGAGUACCAGCAGAUGCUUGAGCUUCUUAGAAAGGCCCCAUUUUUUGGCAGAUGGCGUGCUAAGCCAGGAUCCGUUGAUUCGUUUACAGUUCCACGGUGAUGACCAGAUCUUGAGGUUCUAUGCUGCGUUGCAGAGGUUGGUUCUUGAAGUUUCUUGAUUUCACCACAAUUUU